CUGUGCAGUCGCGAAACCGCCCUGCCCCGCUGCCAAACCGUGACACAGCCUUAUCUUCUCCACAGGCACACAUUUUUAAUCACAAACCUGACCUCGCAAAUCCGUUUGUAGUUUUGUUAUGUGGGGCGUGCGUGCUACACAUACUACUAAUCCCUGGAUCCUCAGAGAAGGACCAUGAUUUCUGGGACGGUGUUGCCAGGGGGAAGGUGGCGCCUGGGACCUGUUGGAAAUGACAGCUAAAGAAGGCGGAUUGAAGCACGGGGAUCACAAUAACAGUAAACGUAGAAGAUAGCGAAGAAACUCCCUCGCAUCACCGUGUUAAAGGAGAUGGAGUCCCUGAUGAGUGCGGUGGCGCCGCGCUCCCCAGCCCCCGCCAAGAAGCUGUCAGAGGUGGACUUCCGGUCGGGGGCCACCUUGGAUCAGCUGUCGUCCCAGGUGUCGGAGCUGGUGCUGCUGGAACAGGGAGAGUUUGGAGAUCAGACCGCCUUAGAGGUCCACACUGCCAAGGACUUUAUCUUCAACAUGCUAGGCUUAGUCCAGAAGGUGGACCAGCGCCUCCCAGUGGCCAAUGAGUACCUGCUGCUGUCAGGUGGGGCCCGGGAGGGAGUCUUGGACCUCAACCCCGAGGACCUGGGGGACUACGCCAAAGGGGCCGACUUCGACCUGGACUUCACCCUGCUGGUGCCCGCCCUCAAGCUCCACGACCGCAACCAGCCCGUCACCCUGGACAUGAGGCACUCCCCGCCCUGCCACUCGUGGCUCAGCCUCCGCCUCUGCGACUCCAACAUCCUGUCCCGCUGGAGCGUCUGCUGCCAGGAGGAGAAUGGACUUCCUGCUGAGGAAGACGAGGAGGAAGAGGGAGAGAUGGGUAAAGGCUCCAUCCCUUCCCUGGGCUCUCCUCAGUCUCUGGAUGGGUGCUACUUCUCUCCUACUCUGGUGACAGACUGGUUCUGGGCGGUGGUGAGCGAGGCUGUGGAGGAGCUGCGGCGCAGCCCCCAGCGAGGCAUUCCCACCCCGGACCGACUGGAGAGGAACGGACCCCUCACCACUAUCAUCCUCCAGGCAGGCUCCAGCCGGGUGCUGUACGACCUGCUGCCUGUGGUGUCGUUUCGGGGCUGGCCCGCUGUCGCCCAGGGCUGGCUGACCGCCAACCACUUCUGGGAUGGUAAAAUCACAGAGGAGGAGGCCAUAUCUGGCUUCUAUCUGCUGCCCUGCUGCUCCCCGCUGGGUGGUCGGCCCGACAGGGAGUGGAGGCUGGCGUUCUCACGCAGCGAGGUCCAGCUGAAGAAGUGCAUCCCCUACCCCAUGGCACAGGCUUUCCAAGCAGCCAAAGCCGUGUUGUCUCGUAUCCUGGCCCGCCCACGUACGGGCCUUAGCCUCUAUCACCUGCGUACCCUUCUCUUCUGGGCCUGUGACCGACUUCCUGCCGCCUACCUGUCCUGCCCUGAUGCCGACACCCCUGGCCGCCUCCUCCUGGGGCUCCUGGAUGACCUGGCUCAUUGCAUCCUCGGUAAAAAUUGCCCAAACUACUUCCUGCCCCAGUGCAACAUGUUGGAGCACCUGACCGACAGCCAAGCGCUGCUUGUCGCCAGGAAACUCGCCCACGUGCGCUCGGAUCCCAGCGAGCACCUCCGUGCCGCUCUGGACCAAGCUCAGCAGGCCGGCCAGCUGAAGAAGGAGCUAACAGCCAGCACCAAUGGCCACGGCUCCCCCGGGCACCAGCCAGCCAAUGGCAUCAUCUCGCCUUCGGAGGACAAGCUGGCGCAGCGACUGCAGCAGCUGGUCACCGAGAACCCUGGGAAAUCCAUAUCCGUCUUCCUCAACCCGGACGACGUCACCAGGCCACACUUCCGCAUCGAUGACAAGUUCUACUGAAGCAGAGACGCAGCAGAGAAGACGUGUGGAAAUGUGUGUGUUUAGCAUACAAACGCACUCUGAAAAUGCUCCGAGACGUCACAUCAGAGGGUCCGGAGACUGAAAAUCAGGCAUGUGCCUGCAAGUGAACACACUGCUCCUGUUCACCAUCCUAAGGCUGGACAGUCCAACAAAGCCUUGCUGCUCAACUGACUCUUUAAACCAAAAACACACAAUGUCCUACUACUGACAAAUGACGUCCAGUUUGGCGGACGUCGCACAACAGACCUGAUGUCACCCAGCUGUUGCCACGGAGACGGCCCUCUCCUAACGAGUUGGCCUUAACAAGACUUAUCAGCCAGGGCUACGUAGACAAGGGCCGGCUUUAGUCAUGUGAGAUAAGUCCAGUGGAGAUAAACAGAGCGAGUGUGUGCGUGUGUGUGUGUGUGUGUAUGUACGCCUAUGUACGAGUUUUCACAUGUUACUUAACACUAAAGACAAGAGGGAGAAAAGCUUCUUGAUUGCUGCAUUUCUCCCCGUUUUAUUUUAGAUCAGAGUGGGCAAUAGCUGAAUUAGAAAGGAAAAACAAGGUGUGGCUGAUGUAACUGAAUGUAAUACUGUGAGGAGAACUGCCGAGUCUUUGAACAAAGAGUCUCUUUUUUCCUGUCAACUACGCUUUCAGGCCGCUUUAUUUGAUCCCCGAGCCUCGAUUUCUGGCAUGUUUUUCAUAAAAAAAAAAAAAAUCUUUCUCAGGUAUUCAUAAUACUUCCCUUUCAAGGUCUUUAUUUUUCAAUGCCGCCUACAUUUCAUUGAUAAUGGUGAUGGAAUGUACCAAAGAACCGCGUUUGAGCGGUUUUGCAGAGAUAAACACAUGUCCUGCGUCUCCCUGAACAUCUUAUUUCAGUCUUGAUGAACCUGCCGUCUCUCUUCCUGAAGGCCUGGUCACAUGCAACAUUUAAAACGGUAAACAUUUGCAGAGAGGUCACUGAAUUCCAAUGGAGUCGUCGCGACACGUCCAUUUGCUUGUGAGGCAAAGUAACUGCUGACGUCUGAGCGAGGGGUGAACCAAACUGACUAGUGCUAGCAUGCCCUGGCUGGCUAGCAUUGUACCGCUUAGCUCAUCAACUAGCCCUGCGAGUAAUGACUACCAGAGCUUCCAGUUCCCCAGACCAAUUAGUCAGCGAAUCUAUCUUUGUCAUAUGUGAUAGUAAAUUGAAUAUAUUUGGUUGGAUAAAAAGAAAGGUAUUUUAGACAUCACUCUGGCUCUUUUUUUCUAUUUUUCACAGUUCUCUGACAUUUUACAGACAGAACUAUAAAUCAGUGAUGAAUAAAAAGUGAGGUGCAGCCGUCACCAAGCCACCAGAGCCGCGCUUUGCAUACAGACGCAGGUUAAUUUUGCUGUGUCACUUUGUGUGUCGCCAGGCCUUGGAUAACGGUUGAUACUGAAAAGGAUGGAGAUGUUAGAUUAUAAUAUGAUACUGUGGUUCUCCUCCUGCACACUGAUGUAAGAAUUGUUACAUUUGAGAAAUCCCUGGAACUUUUUGAGUUUUGUUUUCCUACGUUAGCAGACCCUUUUGGUCUUUGGUGUUUGGGCCCUUUAUAAGGGAGUAACCCAGUGUGUGGAGACAUGAGGAAUCAAAUUAACAGGAGUGUAUUGAUCAAGUGGAAAAAAAGGUCUGGAUUGAACAAAAGGACAGGUACAGAGCGGCUGUGCAGUCAGGACUUCAGUUAUUUAUCUGCCGUAGUCAGGACUAAGUGCAGGUAUGUGGCUGUGGGCCCACACAUCCUGUCGCACAUCGUGUAAGCGUGUCGAUUACUUGACUUGACUGAUUCUGAUAAUUGUACCCUGUCUCCUCUGCUUGGUUGGUCUUUUUUAAUGAGCUUUGCGUGCGUGUAUACGUGUGUUCACCGAGAGAUGCACCGCGCAGCAGGGCGCAGACAGACGCCCAGAUGCUGCCCAUUGAAUUAUGCCCUCAGCGGGGUGUGUUAGUCGCUGGGCCCUAUCGUUUCUCACCAGACGGGAGUCAUCCAUGGGGGGAUGGAGGGAGACGGGCCCUCCUCUGGUCCUUUGAAGAGGGAUCAUGGGCCUUGCGGGGCCUGGCGUCCUCUGCCUGAUUUCUUUUUCUCUCUCUCUUCUGGUUUCGGCUUUUUCCUCACUCUUUUUCACUUUCCAUCACUCCUACGGCUCCAGUGUUAUUCCUUCUUCCUCCCUCCCAGCCUCUCCUUAGAGAGGCUGUAUCUUUCUUUCUUUUAAUACUGGAAGUCCAGAGCAACACGAAGCUUCUAAACCUUGGUACUAGACCAACCUCAUGUUUACACUGUUCACACUGAUUUGAUUACGAGCUGAUGUGGUGUGGUGGACGAACCAAGCAUAACCAGACAGGCGUUAAUGCUCUUCCCUGCACCUGCAUUAGUUUUAUGUGUCUGACUUGUUUUACAUUCAUGAAUUUAAGACUAAACACUAUGUGCAAACAGGCUGAUGUAUAAUCUUUGAUGCAAUGGGGUUUACCAAGCACUAAAAUGCUGCUCCCAAUGUUGGUGGACAGGCAGGGUAUGAAACGCUACAAGCACACGAUUGGUUACACUUUAUGUAAACCUCAUGGCGAUGAGGUUAAUUCUGGUGAGUUUUAAGCUGCCCGUGGAUUGUUUUGCCUUCAGACAGGCGUAUGAACAUUUCUAGAACUCAUGUUGCAAUACCUGCUCUCAAAGUUUGAGUCUACAAAUAUCACGUGCUUGCUACUGAAUGAAUGUUUUGCAGCAUCUGUCUGUACUGGUGGCAUGUGUGUGUGUGUGUGUGUGUGUGUGUUGACUGCGUAUGAACUGAAACGUGAGGAAAACCAAAGCGCGAUGUUGAGAUGGUACAGAAUGUCUCGGCAGGGUGUGUAUUCAGGUGUGUUUUCAGCACUUUUCCAAGACGGGCUCAAAUGUCGAUACCAAGUUUUGAAUAGUCGUAAAGAAAACGGCAGCAUUUAUUAAUCAGUAAAGCUAGUUAGCGUAAAGGUACUUUCUCUUUGCCCUCUUUCGUAUUUGACCGAGUGUUGGAAGUGUAAAACGUGUCUCACUUUGUACCUUAAUUGGCCUAGUUAGAGAUUACUAGACACUGGAAACAAUCAAUGUUUUUUCCUGAAUUGUACACAUGAAAUCUUUGUGGAGAAAAUCAAAUCCUGCAUUUUCCAAGUAUCAGUUUCGAGAUAUGCAAUCAAGCCCCCGAUGGAAAGGUUUACAUCGCCCGCUCUAAUUGUACUUCAGUGUCGAUUUACUGUAUUUGUGAAAGCGGGAGUCACUAUCUGCUGUCCAGGGACUGCAUGAAACACAGCCGACGCUCCCGGACAUCAGUCUCCGCUCUGCGCUCCUCUAUUUAUAAUCACUACUGUUUUUUUUUUUGGUUUUUUGUGCUGAAACUUCGGAUGAUUCUGUUCAAGAUUCAUCCAACUUCUGUGGAUAAAUAGCUGACCAAAAACAAUGAAUGUAUCCACCAUAUCUCUCUCUCUCAUCUGCUCGCUGCCUGCGAACACAUCACAUCUAAUUUCUCACCGCUGUCUGAACAAAUGUACUCCGGUCUGUGCUCAAGUGCGGAGAUAAAAAUCUGCACCGAAUCACUCCACAGUUUGAGAAACUGAAUUUCAUAUCUGUUUUAUUACUCUGGUUCUGCGUUAUUAUUUUUUUUUAAUAAGUACAAAUUAUUUUCUCUGUAAGAUGAUAUCAUGACUGAUUUGCUGUAUUUAUUACUGUUAUUUUCUGGGGGUUUAUAUUGAUCAAUCUUUCAGCUUUAGCAUGAAAUAAAUCGCUACA